CCUCCCCCUCGUUUGCUUUUCUCUCCUCCCUCCUUUCUCUUUUUGUUCUCUUUUCAGUCCUUAUCAAUCCCCCUCAACCCCCCCCCACUUCUCCCUCCCUCUCUCUCCUCUUUGCAUCUUCUCUCCAAGUUUGUACAUAUAGCUUCUUGAUUUUAAUUUCAAAGGCUGGUCUAGCUCUUUGUUUUUUGGAUAAGAGGCUGGUCCCACCUUUUCGUUAGAGUUCAAUUGACUAGACAAAGAUUGAUCAGAAUUUUUAAGUUAGGAGAAGAAGGAGGAGGAAGGAGAGAAUAUAUAUACUCCGUAUAUGGCACCUGUUUCAUUGCCUCCGGGAUUCCGGUUCCAUCCGACGGACGAGGAACUGGUGGGUUACUACCUCAGGAGAAAGAUUAACGGCCAUGAAAUCGAGCUUGAGAUCAUACCCGAAGUUGAUCUCUACAAGUGCGAGCCGUGGGACUUACCAGGAAAAGCAUUAUUGCCAAGCAAGGAUCUGGAGUGGUAUUUCUUUAGUCCCCGAGACCGGAAAUACCCGAACGGGUCGAGGACUAACCGCGCAACGAAAGCCGGUUACUGGAAAGCCACGGGGAAGGAUCGGAAAGUGAACUCGGAGAGGAGGGCAGUGGGGAUGAAGAAAACCCUAGUUUACUACAGAGGGAGAGCACCUCAUGGGGCACGUACGGGUUGGGUUAUGCAUGAAUAUAGGCUUGAUGAGAGAGAGUGCGAGUCUCAAACUGCGUCAGGCUUGCAGGAUGCCUAUGCACUAUGCCGUAUAUUCAAGAAGACAAUAACUGCACCAAAGACUGGAGGAGAGCAAUACUAUGGUGCCUCAUCUUCUAACCAGAUAUCCAGCAACCACUCCUCAAGUGUAGACCUGUAUUCCGAGGGAAGAUCGUGUGAUGAUCUGGAGAAUUAUGAUCACCAUCAAUUCCCAAUGGACAGAUGCUCAGUACCCAACAUUAACAUCCAUGGAUCUACCGGUAACGCCGGCGGCGGCGGUGCUAGUACUGAUGGGAAUUGGAUGCGCUACUUAUCAGAGGAUGCAUUUGGCUUCUCAAAUCCAUCUUUUCCAAGUUAUGGGAUGGUUCCAAAUUCUCCAUCCAAGGUCGACAUAGCAUUGGAGUGUGUAAGGUUGCAGCACCAGCUCUCCCUACCACCGCUGCAAGUACACGACUUCCCCACCGGCGGCUUCCCGGACCCGAGGAUGCUGCAAUACUCCAGUUCUACCCCUGCCAGUGGUCACGGUGACGUUUUGCAGGAAAUUCUAUCAGUGGCUCAGGCCUCUCGGCAACUGAUUAAUCAAGACACAUGGGGUGGAAGCUAUGCCCCUAGUGAUGAUUUUUCGUUCCAACCUUAUUCUGAACACCAAAUUGGUGAUCAUCAUGGCCUGGGUACUAAUUUUCCAAGAUUGAUGGAGAGGUCAGGGGACCAAGAUCAGAAUACCACGAGUAUAGAGAUUGGAGGGUUGGAUGAGGGAUUCAGGACUGAAAGAAUGGCGGAGAACUUGCGAUGGGUUGGAAUGUCUAGCAGAGAUCUCGACAAGAGCUUCUCGGAUGAAUUCAAGAGUGUUCUGAUAGAAAACAUUUCGUGUUUUCAGACAACAGAAGGCCAUGAGAAUCAAGGGGCAAUGGAUCAUCGUAACAACUUCGACGAAUCCAACGAUAGAGAUGAAAAUGACUUCCCAUUCGGAUUCACUGACGAUAACCCGGAUGAGAACUUUCUAGUUGAUGACUUAUCCAGCUCGCCGGACUUUGAAUUUGAUGAGAAAAUCGAAGUGAAUCACGGGAUGUUGGUUUCAACUCGACAAGUAUCCGAGACAUUCUUCCACCAAACAGUGCCUUCUGAAACUGUCAAAGUGUAUCUAAACCCAUCGGCGAAAACAGACUCACCAACAAAGCACAAGAAUGGAAAUUCAUCGGAAAAUUCGAAGAGAAGCAAAGGAAUCAUGAAGCUAUGGGGGAAAACAAUGAGCCCUGCCAUCGGCGUCGUUGCAUUCCUUUGGACUUAUUUCUUGUGCUUCGGGGAAUGUUUGGAUGAUGAAAAAUCAAGAGACAGAGCUCCGGCCGCCGAAGGAGGUUCGGCGAAAACUCGGUUUGUUGGAAGGAUAGGAGGGAGAAUUUCUAGUGGUGUUUUGAACAAGAUAUGGGCAUGCAUUACCAUAGCUUUGGCUAUUUGUAGCAUUUGGGUGCAAAAUAUUGCACCUUCCCCUUAACUUUAUGACCUCAUUAUUAUUUCCAAAAAAAAAAAAAAUGACCACAUUAUUUGACUCCUAACCAUAGCUGUUGUAGAGGGUAAUGCAUAAUUCAGUCUUACCCUAGAAUAAUGGAGAAUUUGUAUCUUUGGUGUAAUUGUAUUUUUUUCUGUAUAUUAACAUUGUAAUUUAAGCAGAUUAUUGAAACGUA